UAUGGUAUUUUAUUAACAGGUUAAAAAAAACCUGAAAACAGUAAACUAACUGAGAAAAAUACUAUUCAAUUCGAGAUCUAUUUGUUUCUCCUUGUGACGUUUACAUAAACAAAGUGAUAGAGCCCCCUCAGUGUAAAUAUUAUCGGCCAUGAUGAAAUUAUGUAAACUAUGGAAAUAAGCUGUAUUUUUUAAGUCAUUUUUUCGUCAUCUGUUGGUGUGCACCGAGGUUAACAAAUGGUUUGAUAUCACCAAUUUUUAUAUAUAGCUAAUGUUUAGAUAUAAGAAUGUCUGAACAUUUCGCUGCUGACGUGUGUUUUGAAGGAGAAAGCAACAUCAUAUCAUUACCGUACUCAACAAAAUGGAUCGAUUUGGAGGCAAUGUUAAAAUGCUGUCAUGAUCUGGAAGACAUCAAAGUGAAGUAUGUUGACAAUGAAGAAGACGAGAUUACUAUUAGUUGUGAAGAGGAAUUUCAAGAAUCACUUCGAAUCUCGCGCCGCUGUGGAGAUGUUAUCCGCUUGAUCGUAUUGAGACAAGAUAGCUCCGAUACCAAACAAAGUAAAUGGAAUGCAAAGCCUAUGAUGGAAAUCUUUGAUGUUGAUGAUUGUUCUUCAGACGUUGCGAUGUCAGUACCUACCACAAAGGAGCCGGUUGAAUCGGAUCCAAUAAACCCUCGUGGAGAUAAGGCAGGUACAGAAUUUCAAUCACGAUCUUGCCCGGCACCAAAAAACCGCACCUCCAAACCCAAAGGAACGGCUGACUACUAUUCCAGGUUGGCAGCGGAUAUUGGAAAGUACUGGUCCAACCCAGCCCCACCUGGUUCUCAGGAUGUCCAAAGCAAGCCAGCUGCAACAAAUGGGAAGCUCAUUAUUGGGAGCAAGAGCGGCAAGCCCAUGGAAUCAUCUGAAUGGGAAUUGCCAAAACCAACUGUUGUGAAGUUCUAUCCCAACACUAAUCCUGCUGCUUCAAUGGACGAUUCCCCAAGCAAAGAGUCAGAGCAUGUUAGGAAGGGUGUUGCUUUGCCUGUUCCUAAGCCCAGGAAAGACAAGCAGACAGGAUCAAACCAAGGAAAUGAUGAGACAGUUCCUCUGUGGUUUAGCAAUGAAAAAUCAAAGAUUACAUCAGAGGUUGUGAAAGGUGUUCUGAAUGGGCUACAAGGUGCUGUUAUUGACACAAUCCCAGGCACAAGUCCCCUCAGCAACUCUCCAAGUCAUAACCAAGUUGUUUAUCACCAUAGUGGAAUAAUCUGCGAUGGAUGCGAGAACCAAAUCACUGGAAUUCGAUACAAAUGCGGGAAUUGUGAGGACUAUGACCUGUGUGAGACCUGUGAAGCAAUGGAAGACAUACAUGACCCGACCCAUGUGUUCUUGAAGCUUAGGCGACCCGUGGUAAGAGCCGGAAUGAGAUAUGAUGGGAAGCAAGUGCCUUUGAUAAAACACCCUAUCUAUGGAGAAUCACAUGAAGAGAGGUUGAGGAGAAUGGAGCAAAAGGCCGCACACAAAGCAGCAAAAGCAGAAUUCAAACGAAAAAUGAAGAUUAAGAAGAUGAAAAGACAAGCUGAAAUUUGUGUUGGGCUGUCACCCACAAAGCGUGAGAAAAUUGAGCAAUUCUCGGAGAAGAAGGCACAAAUAAUAGUUGAAAAGGCAACAUCUGAAACCGAUAAUGAUAGCAAAUCUCCCAUUUUUACAUUGGAUGCUAAAUUUGUUGCCGAUGCAAACAUACCAGAUGAGAGUCACCUUCAACCAGGCACUAAAUUUAUCAAAAACUGGAUCAUGAAGAACACAGGUGACAUCGACUGGGAUGAACAUACACAGCUGCAAUAUCAGUGGGGUAACAUUCCUUUAAUAUCACUCCCUCUUGUCAACGUUCCUCUGUUAAAAGCCAAUGAAGAAGGAUGUAUCAGUGUUGAGUUUGUUGCUCCAAUUUCGCCUGGUGACUAUGAAAGUCAUUGGCGUUUGACGCAUCGUGGCCGCAACCAACAGUUUGGGCAUCGAGUGUGGUGCAGAAUUGUGGUGGACCAGCGUGAGAUUCUUGAAGUGGUUGAACCAGUCAUCGUGAAAAAAGAUGUACGCGAUAGUCUGAUAAUCAACGAAUCAAGUAGGGAUUGUGACAGUGACCUUGCGGCAUCGGCUGUCGCUCAGCUACAGAUUAGCCCUCAAGAGACAACUCAAGUAAUAUCAUCUGAAGUUCUCACGGCACAAGACAUACUCUCAUUUGAGAUGUUGAAAAUUAGUGACAGAAAGGACACUGCUGAUAGGCCAGCCAGCACAGCUACACCAAACAACACACCAAUCGGUUUGACCCCAUGCAUAUCUCCUGUUCCUCACAUGUACGACCAAGUGUUUACACUACCAGAUAACUGCGAUGUAGAUAUUGACAGUGAGUCAAGGACAUCAUCUGAUGAGGGAAAAGUUGUAAAGAAAGAAAUAGAAACAAAUAAAGAACUAGGUGAAGAGGUCAGUCACGUUGAUGAAGGUUUUGUUGAAACAAAAAUUAAGACAAAAGAAAAUGAAGGAGCUGUGGAACAGGAUGCUGGUGUUAAAGAUGAUUGUGAUGCUUGUAGCACGUGUUCAGAUGAUCUUCUGGAGGAUUUCAUUGUAGUUCCUCUACCAGAUUGCUUCAACACUGACAUUCCCAUCACAUCAUCUAUUGUAAUCAGGAGGAAUUCCACAGCCUCACAGGCUGGGUCACCAAUGGUUAGAUCCCAAAGUGUAUCUGUGUGUACUAAUGAUAACAGCGAGGUCACAGAGCAACCUGUGGAUCAUGAGGUCACUGUGAAAGAUGUUGACCAGAUUUUGUGCACAUCCCAGGAUAUCCAGACAGUGCCCCUAAUCCCAAUCAUCACUACGGCUACACCAUUGGUUGAGCCUAGCACAAUACAACCAAUCGCAAGAGGUGGAGCAGAUAUCCCUGCCCAUCAACAUGAAGAUGUAGAUAUUCAAGAAGAUGUUGUUGAGGCAACAAUUAUUCCAGAAGUAGUGCAGCACGUUGGAGGGGUAAUUCCUGACAUUUUGCAAGAUGGAGAGGAAACCUUUCACGAUGCUCCCGAAACCACUGACAACAUGCAGUCUGCAAGUGAUGAAGACAGUGAGGCAACAGAUGACGAUGAAGAUAAUGAGGACCAGUUGCAACAGGAGGGCAGAUCAGCAGUUGGAGAAGCUAGAAGAGAUGUUUAUGAUGAGAAUGACCCUAUGGACUUGUUAGGUGUUGCUACCGUGCAUGCAGCCACUAUUGCGAGUACCAUCGCCAAACAGGUCUAUGAUGGCGCUGCUAGCUCUGUCCAAGCGUUGUUUGGAUCUCGGCAACAGUACGAAGAGCCAGCUCGUAGUUUUCCCCGUGAUCAGGUGCACUUUACGUCCGCAAUGAAUCAACUCAUAGAAAUGGGGUUCGCCAAUCGGGAUCUGAACAGUCGUUUGCUGACAAAAUUCAACGAUAAUAUCCACUUGGUAGUGCAAGAACUUCUUUACGAAGAAAACAAUUGGUCCAAUACCAGGCACUAGAAAAUACAGUGCUAGAUUAAUUUUCUUUAUUUUCCUACUUCAAUACAUCAUUACUACUAUAUAAUAUUAAAUGGUUAACUCCUAUAAAGUACAAAUGUUUAUACUUUAUUAUUUUUAAAUAUUAUUAACUCAUUAAGAAGUAUUUAUUGUGUACUGUAUCUUCUAGUAAUCAGCACAUCAGUAGAUAAUUACCAUUGAAAUUACUGUAUCGUUCCAAUAAAUAUUAGAUCAUGGUGAUAUGAAUCUUCAAGUAUAUUUUAAUUUCACACAUAAUAUAUACCAUAAUUUAAAUAUACUAACUAAUGUAUUUCUUUCAACAAAUCUGCAAUUUAACUUAUCAAUAGUGAAGACUGAUAAAGUUCCAAAAUCUACUGUUUAGUGGUACUCUGCCAUUGGGUCAGAUGUGGUGAUUGUAUUGUGAUCAUAGGAUAGUAAUUAUGAAUGAAUUAUUGUCAAAAGGUUGAAAUAUACCCUUUAGAAAUUUGCAAUGCUUACCAUAUACAAUGUAAGUGCAUACUUUAAUUUCAAUACAUAUUUGAUGCCAAGUUCAGAUUCGAUCAUGAUGUAAUACACUGGGGUAUGCCUUCAAUUCAGUUUAUGUUAUGUGAGUUAAAAGUGAAUGUCGGUAGUGAUGGUAUUUUGUAAUAUCCAUGCAUGUAUAUUCUGGAUAUACAUCUCAGGAUGUUGAUUAACAAUGAUAGAAUACUGUAAGUGUACAACACUCAACUUUUACUUUUUUUAUCAUGAUAAUUUUUAUUUAAUGAAAAUAGUAACAUUGACUCUGUGAAUUUCUUCUGAUUCUUAUUGGGCUUGGCACCAUUAUGAUGAUGAAUAUAAUGAUGAUGGUGGUGGUGGUGAUGGUAAUAAUAAUGAAGAAAGAUGAUUAAGAAAAACUUCAGUAAACUUUUAUGAAUUUUGUUUACGUGUUUUAUGAUAUGUUUUCUAAUGCUCUAAAGUUAAAAUGGAAGAAUUUAAAAAUAUACCUAAAAUGUUAGGUUGCUAAAUUGUGUUCACAAAUAUAUAUUAUUAUAUUAUUAGUUGUUAUAUUUGUUUUAGGAUGUCAAAAAAUCAAAUCUUGUCUUUAAGAUAAUAACAGAGUUGUUUAUAUUACAUUGAUAUACUCUCUACUAGCCUUUUAUAUAGGUUUUAUUAUGAGCCCUCUGUAUAAAUACAGUCAUAUUGCCUACAAGUGAAUUAUAUGCAUGUAGGCCUAUACAUAUAUUUGUCACCCUUUUCGGUAUUUCUUAAGUAUUUUAAUUGAAAUAUAUUGUAAUUAUGUGUGGCUUUACUAGUCUAUUAUACCUUACUCUAGUGCACUGCGCUAUGGUGUGAUAUUUACUUAGAUUCUAUGUGUACCCUAUCGUGCUGCAGUCACAGUGAUACUUCCAGUGUAUAUGAUACUUUUCACUGUCAUCUAAGCUGCUAGCCAAUUAAAAAAUCUGCAUGUGACUUGCAUCAAAUACCUUUAAAGUAGAAUUUUAAUCCCUUUGUUGGCUUAAUCUUAUUUUAUUACAAUUUUAUUAGAUAAUGAUAAUAAUGCGACAUUUAUAUAGUGCAUUGCAAUAAAAUGCCUCUAUGCGCUUUACAUCACUACCCUUGGUAAGACCAUUUAUCAUGAAUCAAUGUAAAUAGACGGACGGUUUAAAUAGUAACUGUGUAUGUAAUUACCAGCAGGUAAUACUUGAAUAUCAAUAUCGUUUCAUAUCGCUUUCUGAUAGAAUUAUAAAAGUGCCAGUAGUUACUCAGUGUUGUUAUGUAUGGUUGAUGUGCGAUAAAAGUUCAUAGAAUUGUGAUGCAAAUGAAUGCUGAUGUUUUACCAAAUACAGUAUAGAAAUUGUUGUAAUGAGAGAAGUAUAUUAAUGGUGUGAAAGGUAGCUAUUGCAAUCAAAACAUUAUGAAAGGUUUCAAUGUUGAGUUGGAUGUUGAUGGAAUGUAUUAUUGUGCGUGGCGGUAUACAGCGGUGUUUGUGAAACACAUUUUUAUUCAUUGCCUACUUAUGACUGACAUUAGACUGGAGUAUAUUGUAUAUAUUUUAUAAUAUUCCUUGCACUGUGUUCACAUAAUAGUGGAAAGUGAGCCACAUUUAUUUACCUAUCUUUAUAGUAUAGUAACUGUUGUGGUUCCUCAAUUCUAGUGCUUUCAUUGUUAAAAUUAUUAGAUUUUACAGUGAAAACAUGAAACUGUGCAGUGUGUCAGUUGCAUGAUACCAAAUGUCGUUUGCUUCUUGUUGUUGAUGGGUGGUAGAUUACAAAUACAUUUUGAAAAAGUUAUAUUUUUUUCCUGUAAAUAAUGAAAAAAAAAUUCUGUUGCUGAGCCAGAUGCUUAAAUAUAUGGUGUUGUGAUGUUGCGCUGAUGCGAUUUAAAAAUGAGGAUAGAUUUCUUUCCUGUGAAAUAUGAGGGAUUAUACUGAAGCAAUGUUAUGUGAGUUCCUAUUCCAGACGAAUUCAGUCAGCAAAGAAUAUUUUUCCCUGUGAAUAUUUAAGCAUGCAUAAGUAUUUAAUUGAUUAUUAAUUGUUAAUUAAGGGCUUGAGGUGUUUGGAAUGGUUUGAAUGUUAUAAAAUAAGAUGUGUUCCAAGUUUAGAAUGCAGUAUUUAGCAUGACAAGAAUAAGAUGACUGAAAGAUAGUCAGAGUGAAAGUGUAAAAUGGAGAUUUCUAAAUAAAGGAAGUAAGUGCUAAUGGA